UACAACCAAUCAAAUAAAGACAAAGAAUUCAUGCCGUUUCCAGAUUUUAUUGCACGCUAUUACAAUUCCUCCAGCACAUCAUCAACCUCGACGAAGCCUCUUUACUUCCCAUCAGGAGAUCACGAAUCCUCCCAACCACACAGGCAGGCAAAACCAGUCUGUUGUUUUUCCGUUGCACCCAUUCCAGGAAGAAAGGAAAAAAACGACAUAAUGUCAGAAGGGGACAGUGUUGGUGAAUCGAUCCAUGGGAAACCAUCCACAAUUGGCAGCUUCUUCACACGGGUUGGACAGAUCUAUCAGUCAUGGCUAGACAAGUCAACGCCGUUCUCCAUAGGGCGAUGGGGAGUCACUCUUUCUCUAACGGCCAUCUACAUGAUCAGAGUGUACAUAUUACAGGGUUGGUAUAUUGUAACAUAUGCUCUGGGAAUCUAUCAUCUUAACCUGUUCAUCGCUUUUCUAUCACCAAAAGUGGAUCCAUCAAUGCUUGACGAAGAUGAGGGCCCGGCGCUCCCCACCAAGCAGAACGAGGAGUUCCGCCCAUUCAUCAGGAGGUUGCCCGAAUUCAAAUUCUGGCAUUCGGCAACAAAAGGCAUCGUCAUUGCCAUGAUUUGCACAUUCUUCGAAGCCUUCAAUGUGCCUGUGUUCUGGCCCAUACUCGUAAUGUACUUCAUCAUGCUUUUCUGCAUCACCAUGAAGAGGCAGAUCAAGCAUAUGGUCAAGUAUAGAUACCUACCCUUCACGCACGGGAAGAGGACUUACAGAGGCAAGGAAGACACAGGGAAACCUUUUGCUAGUUAAAAUAACCUCCCCACCCCCCUUCCCCCAUUUUGAAAAUUAAAAGUUGUGGAAAAAGAGUAUAUGGUGGGGAACAGGGGUCAAUGAUUGUCUGUGAGGGGAUUGAAAAAAAAAAAAGAGAAAUGGGAAAAGAGUUUUGAUCCAAAAUGGUGACAGUGAUGGAUGUUAUUAGUGCUGAGGAUUGCUGUAGUCACAAGAAAACUCUGCCUUUGGUUAUUAUGGGGAUAUGAGUCAGUGAGCCAUCUUGCAGCCGCGGGAUAACAUUGUCUUAAGUCAGUGGAUGAAACGCAGUGUCGCCCUUUGCCUUGUAACCCCAUGGGGUAAGUAUAAACUCUGCUAGAGGGGGCGGCACUGGAUGAAUUUCAGUAGAAAUUUCAGUUGUGGAUUCUUAACGACUAUCCCUUUUCAACUGCUGUGCACUGCUCUGUCUCCAAGCAAAGUAACUACUUUUGAUUGAAGACUUGGUACCUACUCGUUUAUAACGUGUAAUUAUGGGAAGUCUUUAGGUUUAGAUUGAAAUAACGAUAAGAUGUAACAUUUUGAAAUUGAAGUAAAUAUGAAAUAUUUAAAUUGAUGAAUGAUGUGUCUCUGAGAUCAAGUGUAUUUUUGUGCCGGCUUGAACCCCCCAACCUAAAUUUGUCCACUGUAUUUUAAUGCAGUUACUUUUCAAUGACUGGUUAUGCUUCACUUGAACAAGGAUUCACUAACUACAUACAAUACCUAUCAUACUGUAACUAUUCAGAACCAUAAUCCAACCAUCUCUUUAUGGCAAAAGCAGUGAUUUAUGUAUAGGAGGUUGGCUAGAUAACAAGUCAGCUAAGAGUGCAAAUCACUGCAUGGCCAAGACUGAGUUAGUGUACUCUCCAGAGAAUAAACCAUCAUGGAGGAUUAUGAAAUGUUUCAUGUCAUGUUUUUUUUAAGACAUUAUGUACAGUGAGGUUUAAGAAUGCCUCGUUCAAGUUAAGUGUGGCUGAUUUUUAUUAAAAUGUGUUCUUGUUUUGCCCUAUGUAGCCAUAUAAUCCCUUUUUGUGUUUAGUCCAUCUGCUUUCCCAUCAUGUCAAAAGACGCUUUGCUUGUACAGUUGAAGAUAAAUAUAAUACUGUGUCAUUCAGCACUCCUGGAAACUAAAUGAUAGAGAGUACUUUAUGGAGGUGGCAUCUAGCUAUGGACGAGCCAAUCAAGUUAAACCUCAGAUUUUUGCGAUGCGCCCCCCUGUGAAUAUAAUUUAAAAUAGUUCAUUUUUCGAGUUUAGAUUUCUUAAAGUAACUGUCCAGUGUUUCCAGAUUUCUAUGAAAUAUGACCUAUAAUUAAUUACAAUAAGGGUGAAAUAGUUUUCCUUCCAAAAAAUGGUUAUUAAAUAUGUAAAACAGUACAUUUUCUGUGUUGAAAUGGUGUGGGCAUAUCCCAACAGAAUGGUGUGGGCGUAUACUGGUCAUAAAAAAUGUGAAUUCAAGUAGACCGCUGAUUGGCCAGCUCCUCCUCAGGAGGAUGACAACAUCCUCCAUGAGGAAAUGGCUAGUAUUUUUUUUUAAAGGUGUGUAUGACACAAGUUUGAGGUGUGGUUUUUGAAGUGUAUGGGUAUAGAAGGAGACGUCAACAUUAUUUGUGUAUGAGUUAACAGAAAAGUUAGAUUUUCUCUGGACAGUUACUUUAAAAUGUACUUUAUUAUAGAAUAAUAAUGAAAUACCUUCUACACUGAGGCCAACUGUUUAGAAACUGGGGUCCAUUCCAUGCAAAUAUAGCAGUCUUGAUAAACUCAUAUUCUGUAUUUUACUUUAGACAUAUGUGGUAAUCUACUAAUCAUUCCAAACAAAAAUAUUUUCUCUCUCUCUUCUUUUGCAGAGGAAACAUAAGAAAAUUGAGAUUGAGAGCUUUUAAUGUAACAAAUGGAUGAAGGGGGUUGUGAACACUUUUUUUCUUUUUGGCCCCCACCCCUCACAUUUUUGGGCAUUUUUAUCACUAUGCCGGUCGGGUAUCUAAUGAAAAGUGUGCAGUAGUAUUUUUGGUAACCAGAGAGACAUUUUGGAAAACCUUUGAUCAGCCCUGUAAAGAAGGAUCAGACUUUUUUUCCCCCUGUCAAAGUACAUCAUGUUUCCAAGAGUUGUCUUGUGGAUUUAUAUAUAUGGCAAAGAUAACAUUUGUUUAGAGAUUAUUUUGAACAUGUUAUUUUUUCUUCGAACAUUAUAGGCUACUAUUUCCAAGUGUUCAAUUUAUCAUAUGCCAUAAAAAAAAAAUGAAUGAAAACAAAACCUGGUAAAAUUGGAUUCUAGAUUUAUAAACACUUUCUCAAGAAAGAGAUUGCAUGUUCUUGUUUUUUCUUGUGCUGCAAUUAUAAACAAAACUUGAUUUUAAUAA